AUGUCGGGCUUGUCAUUGGGAAAGCUCUUGCCCAUCAUCGAUGCCGAGGAGUGUAUUCCCUGUAUGGCUAGACUCACCAGAAGGGCAUCCACUGAACCUUACAUGGAGAUCAUUGAGGAAGAAGAGCCUGGCCAGAUUGAUUUGGAUAUCGCUCCGUGUUCGGAUUCGGAUUCGUCGUCCUCGUCGUCCGCUUCGGCAGCAGUACCACCCCCACACUCAACCGCAUCGCUAGUACCAAGUGACGAAAAACCAAGAAACGAAAUUCCAAAGGACGUUCUUGAAUAUGUCGAAAGGAUAAGAGUGGCAAUCAAUGCUCAAAGAGACCGGACCGCAGGAGCAAGGGCAGCAGACUCCACCCCAAAACCCAAUGUGAAUGGUAGCGCCAAACAAGCUCACAUUACCACCAAAAAGCGAACAGCAUUUCCGAACGCUCUUGCCGAGAGGACCAAAGACAUGCUGAGGAAGCUCACGGACAGCAGAAAGAAAGUGUCAACAUUGCUAGUCGUCAAGCCAAAAACAAAAGCGAGAAGUGAAAAGAAGCCGGCAUCCAUCAAGGAUCGCACGGUUUUGCUCGGAUUAACCAAGAUUGGCCGGGUCCAGUAUGUCCACGGGGACAAGAAAGGCAGACCGAUCUCACUGUCCGCUGCGUGUGGCUCUGUCAGCGAUAAGGAAGUUGGUAGUCCUCUGAAGAGCCCAGGUGCAGUCCACGAAGAAGAUGAGGGCCACUCUCUCUGGAUAGAGACGAAUGACACGCGCCCAAAGUAUGACUUGCGCACUGGCAGAAGACUGGGGGAGUCAAGAUCAUUGAAUCAUCGAGUCAAGGAUGCCGCAAUUAGUGUGCGUCGAUCUGCUGUGAAAGGGAUUGAGACCGGCAGAAAACAAGUAUCCAAGAAGCGCGGAAAGGGGAAAUGGUACAAGAUCAAGUAA